AUGUAUUUUAUAAUGAAUUUGUGUGCAGUUUGCAGGAAGGAAUCCAAAUAUAAAUGUCCCGCUUGCCUCCUUCUCACUUGUUCACUCGAAUGCACUAAAUCACACAAUUGCUCCACUAGCAAAGGUGAAAACAGCUCUAAUCGCAAGCCAAAUAGAAGGAACCCUGUAAAAUACGUCGGAAGGAACAAAAUAGAUGUAGAUGUCAUCACCAGUGACUGCCACUUUCUGGAUACUGUUUCCAAUAGGCUCGAGUCGACAUCGCGAUCGUUUUUAAAGCCCCUAAUCACAGAUUCCAGAAACAGGAAGAUCAAGAAGCUUUGCGUCGGUCGGAAAAUAAAUUUAAUCUACUCUCCCUUGAUAUUAAAGCGAUAUAAGACAAAUAAAACCACCCAUAAGAACUCUAGGAUUCUGUGGACUGUAGAAUGGUCAUUUUUAAAACAGCAGCUCAAUUUUAUCGACCAUAAGUCAGUCAACUAUGUAUUCACACACACACAUAUAUGCUCAGAUAGUUACUUAUACAAACAUCUGUUUAAUUGCUUAUAUUUCACAUAA